UCCGCGAGAACACUGAGAGAGACCAGAAGACAUAGCUAGCUAGCGAGAUAGAAGGGGGGAAAAUAUAAAACAAGGGCCCGAAAGCAGCAAAUAUUUGAAGUAUAAGCGGAAAAGAAAAACUGUGACAUUUAAAUAACAUUCUGCCUUGGAAAAGUGCUCAUUCUAAUUUGUAAAACCUUUUUUUAUUUAUUCUCGGGUUCUGUUUAUUUUAGUUUGUUGACUUGGUUAGCUAGCUAGCUAAUUUGUGACAGAUCCUGACAACAGCUGGACACCCAACGAAGAAGUCAGAGACUGGAACUAGUUGGUUAGCUACCUAUCUAACUACAUAUAAAAUUAUUUCGCCGAUAAAGCGAUCUCCCCCUUUCCCCUUCCCCUCCUGGGUUUUUACCUUCUAACCUAGCUAGCUAGCAGGAACUCCCAUUUUGGGCUGUCCUGCCUUGCUGGUUUUGAAUUCGGGGGUCGCUAGCUAGCUAGGUAGAUUUUAAAAAGUACCUCAUUGGCUAGCAAACGGCACAGAGGAAUUCAUCACAUUUUAAAUCCUGAGGUGAGGCGAGGUGAAACGAAUAUGUCGGGGAAAGACCAGAAUAAACAAUCCACCACCGAGCGGCUUAUUAAAGCGGUGCCGUUCCCGCCCCACCAGCGCCUCUCCGUGAAGGAGCUGUACGAGGACGGCAAGCCCAAGCCGGAGGUGCUGAAGAGCCACCUGGUGAAGGAGGGCCGUCUGGAGGAGGAGGUGGCCCUGCGCAUCAUCAACGACGGGGCCGCCAUCCUGCGCCAGGAGAAGUGCAUGCUGGAGGUGGAGGCGCCAAUCACAGUGUGCGGUGACGUCCACGGGCAGUUCUUCGACCUGAUGAAGCUGUUUGAAGUGGGCGGCUCGCCGACCAACACGCGCUAUCUCUUUCUGGGGGACUACGUGGACCGAGGCUACUUCAGCAUCGAGUGUGUGCUGUACCUGUGGGCCCUCAAGAUCAACCAUCCCACCACUCUCUUCCUCCUCAGAGGCAACCACGAGUGCCGCCACCUCACAGAGUACUUCACCUUCAAACAGGAGUGUAAAAUAAAGUACUCUGAGCGAGUGUAUGACGCCUGCAUGGAGGCCUUCGACUGCCUGCCCCUGGCCGCCCUCCUCAACCAGCAGUUCCUGUGCGUGCAUGGCGGCCUGUCGCCCGAGAUCAACUGCCUCGAUGACAUCAGGAAAUUAGACCGGUUUAAGGAGCCGCCCGCGUUCGGGCCCAUGUGUGACCUGCUGUGGUCUGACCCCGGGGAGGACUACGGCAGCGAGAAGACCGCCGAGCACUUCAACCACAACUCUGUGAGAGGCUGCUCCUACUUCUACAGUUACCCAGCGAUAUGCGACUUCUUGCUGAACAAUAACUUGCUGUCUGUAAUAAGAGCGCACGAAGCACAGGAUGCCGGGUACCGAAUGUACAGGAAGAGCCAGACGACAGGCUUCCCCUCCUUAAUCACAAUCUUCUCCGCACCAAACUACUUAGAUGUCUACAACAACAAAGCUGCCGUGCUGAAAUACGAGAACAACGUUAUGAACAUCCGACAGUUCAACUGCUCCCCCCACCCGUACUGGCUGCCCAACUUCAUGGACGUCUUCACGUGGUCCCUGCCUUUUGUGGGGGAGAAAGUGACGGAGAUGCUGGUGAACGUGCUGAACAUCUGCUCUGACGACGAGCUGAUGUCCGAGGGAGACGACACGUGUGAAGGUGGAGCCCCGGCGGUGCGGAAGGAGGUGAUCCGGAACAAGAUCCGCGCCAUCGGGAAGAUGGCCCGAGUGUUCUCCGUGCUCAGAGAGGAGAGUGAGAGUGUGCUCCAGCUGAAGGGGCUCACCCCCACAGGCACCCUGCCCCUGGGAGUGCUGUCGGGCGGCCGCCAGACUCUGCAGAGCGCCACCAUAGAAGCCACGGAAGCACGAGCCAUCCAGGGCUUCUCUCCGCAGCACAAGAUCCGCAGCUUCGAGGAGGCGCGGGGCCUGGACCGCAUAAACGAGCGCAUGCCCCCGCGCAAGGACAGCCAGCAGCCGGACGGGGCCGCACUCAACGCCCUGAACGCAGCCAACUCCCCCGACAAGAACGGCACAGAGACCCCCGCGCAGUGACCCUGCCUCCUCUCUCCCUCUCUCUCCCUCUCUCUCUCUCUCUCUCUCGCUCUAUCUGUCUCCUCUCCACAUCGCUCUCUUCUUCUCUGUCUCUCCCUUUCUUCCUUUCUUUCCCUUUCUCUCUUCCUCUCUCUCUCUUCCACUCUCGCUCUCUCUCUCCCUCUCUGCUUCCCUCUCUUCUUCUUUCUCCCUCUCGCUCUCUCUCUCUUCCUCUCGCUCUGUCUCUCUUCUCUCUCCCCCUCCCUCUCUUUAUCCCCCUCCCCCUCGCUCUCUCCCUCUCUCUCCCUCUCUCAUGCCUUCUAUUUGGGAGGCCUCUCCUCCGGCCUCUGCAGUUGAAGCAGCACAGGACAGGCGGAGAACACAAACCAAACGGCAAUACGAAAAUCUGCGACAGUCCACACAACGCAUCAUCAUUUUAUUUAUUCAAUGCAAUGUAUUAGAUUAUAUGUGAUAGUUAAAAAAAUAAAAAAAAUAAUGAAAACUGUUAAGAUAUACGUAAUUGUGGGCAAGAUUAACCAUGGCCACAGUUAAUGUUGAUAAAAAAUAUAUAUUUAAAAGAAGAACAUUUUGUAAAUUUUGAGUUGACGUAUGCGGUAAAAUUAAGGACAACUUUUUAUUAUCUAGUUCAUCUAAGUUCUAGUGUUGUCUUUCAUGUGCUUGGUGAGGGAACAUUUGACUGAAUAUACAGUAUGUAUGUGUGGGAGUACGCGCAUUAACAUGCAUGUGUAUGACACAAGCAUACGUUCAUAUACACAUACCUGUAUGUAUGUGUGUACAUAAACUCCUGCGUGUCUGCUCAAAAUUCAAGGGAUAAUUGGAGGGGAAAUAAUGAAGAAAAUCGUGGGUGUCAUUUUGGAAAAUCUUUUUACCUCCAGGCCAAUCAUUUCAGCCUUCGAUGAAAUAAUGGGUGUUGGUUCAGUAACGGUGGCGACUGAAUGAACGUGUUUCUUGCAGCUACCUUGUUGUUCAGUAUAGACACAUUUAUAUAUGUAUAUUUCUGAGUGUCCCCUUAUUUAAAUGUGAGAAUUUAUAUAUAAAUAUAUAUUUUAUUUUUGCAUCCUAUAAAAAAAAAACAAUCAACCAUGGAACAGCUGCCCGGAAUCUGUUGUAGGUGAAGAAUGGGUCAUGUGAUGGGAAUCGGUGGUGUCAGAAUGGAGGUGUGCGUGCCCUGGUGUCAUUUGCAUGCAUUAGUGGCUGUGUCCAGGUGAUAGUCCACCAAUGGCAUCACGUUCCAGGGUGUGUCACCAAAUGAGUUUCCUCCAAUGACAGGCUGGAGGCGGAGCCUGUGGUGUUGAUAAACCAAAGAAAGUCGGAUGUGGAAGAGGGGGUGCUGUACAUGAGCUUCUGUGUCAUGGCGCUUCAGCUUCAGAACAUAAGGCCAAUAUUUCACUUUGGCCUCUGGGGAAGUCUUCAAAGAGAAAGGAGGCUGAACUGAUGAAUCUGGUAUAUGUAGAGAAUGCUAGAAGUGCGUUGGGUUAAAAGCACAUGUUAAGAAAAAAAAAAACCAUACCAAAUGGCAUGAAAUAAGUGUCUAGUCUCCUCUUAAAACAUCCCCCAUGCCAAAAUGAAGAGGAUAAUUAUUUUCAAUUCUUCAGGGUGGGACAGCCACAGGACAAGGGAAUUGGGUAUAACUUGUGUCCAGAAUAAAAGGUUGGUUAAAAAAGUGCACCCUGUAUAUUUAUUUCUGUUCAUUUGUUUUAUGUUGUUUUCCUUUCAUUCUGUGACACUACAGAAAGACAGUGCUUUGGCUGCUGAUUCAGGUAGCGAGAAACCAAAGUCUCACCUUCUCUGGGUUUCUCUCUCCGCCCCCGCGUGCGUCUCCCGUCAGAAGAACGUUUGGGGAAAGCGGGCUUCCCAAAAAUGAACGCGCGCGUGGAUGAACUGUGAGCUUUUGCUGAAGCCAGCCGCCUAAAUCCCGCCGCCUGAACCCCGCCCCGCUCACGGCUGGCUGGAGCGCAUUCGCUCUGCCUGCACGACACCGGAUGACGGACACACCUCACCAGUCCCCUCCUCGUGGGCGACUGGUCCCCCCCGAAUUUCAGUCAUUUCAGCUUGCUGUCAGCGGGCAGGCAAAACCUGCUUUCACCCCAACAGAACUAACCCUGCGGGGGUUGUAUGAUGCUGUUUUUUCCUCCUCUUCUCAGCUGCUUUUGGCAGUCCUGCUCUGGACAAAGCUUGGCGCGUUUCUCCUGCGGUUCAGCGCUUCACGGGUUCUGGUCUUCGGACUCGGGAGAAUCCCCUCGUUCAGAAAACGCUGCUUUCUCUCCGCGGGAUGGGAGGGUGUCGGAUCUAAGACAUUUACGGUUUCUUCUUUUGUAAAAAUGUAUUGCGUUUAACAUAUUUUAGUUUCUUUGAUUGUAUAUUGUUCUGUCAGGUGAUCCUGCAAUCACGGUACUGUUUGAAUCGGGGCAAAUCUGUAGUUCUUCCCCCCUGCUGUUAGUAAUCAUAGCCUUAUCCUUACCCAGAACCAAUAUCAUUUGAUUUGUUCAAAAUUCAUGCUAAUGCAGUUUUGCCAACAAAUCUGAAAAAAUUGUUUUGUUUUUGGAAAUAAAAACCUAAUCGGACUGAAGUUUUCAAAGUA